AGGUCUCCCCUCCCCCACCUCCUCCCCCGAGCCUGCCGUGUUCCCGCCCCUCCCUCUCUCUUCCAGCACUUCCCCUGCUGCCAAACAGCUGUUUGCCAGUGCUCAGGUCACUCCGGGAGGGAGGAGGAGGAGCGGGGCCGCAGCACGCUCGGGGAAGGAGGCAGGGACUUGGGGAAGGGGGUGGAAUCGGGGCAGGGCGGAGCAAAGGCAGGGCCCCUGCACUCCCCCCUACACAUACCCCACCCCCAGCUCCUUGCUGUGAGCCACUCAGAGCAGGGGGCUGGGGGCACCCCAACGACCCCCACCCACACCCCCAGUCCCCUGCCCUGACUCCUGCACCACCCUCACAAACCCCCAGCCCCCUGCCCUCCCUGACUCCUGCACCCCCUCACAUCCCCACCUGCACCCCUCGCAGCAAAUGGGAGCUGCCCCAGGUAAGCACUCUACACCUCAACCCCCUUCUCCAGCCCUGAGCCCCCUCCCGCACCCUAUCUCCUGGCCAGACCCUGCACCCCAACCCCCAGCCUGCUCCUGCAUCCUAACUCCCGCCCAGACCCUGCACCCCCAGCCCUGAGCCCCCUCCCGCACCCUCAGUCCUGGCCAGACCCCACACCCCAAUGUUUUUUUACUUUUUUUUUUUAUAAAGCGCUCUUAUCCCAAGCGCUUUACAAUCGUUAGCUAACAGUACAAACAAUAUUUGGAAAGAUCAUUAAGGGGUCCGCUGAGACCCCCAGCGAUUUUCAGGUGGUCUGUGGAAAAAUAAGUUAGACUACAAGAACAAUCAAGGCAGUGCUUCCAUGGCACCAAAGGCAUCCCCGGAGUAACUCCACUGCUGUCAGAGUGAGUUGGGCCCUGUGUCUUCACAGCACUUCAAACCAUGAACGCAGAAGCAUUGGUUUCAUCUUCCCAGCUUUGAAGAGCAUUGUGGGGGGGUUUCAUGGAGACUAAAGGACUGGAGGUGGGUACAGGGCUAUGUUCAGAAACAAGCUCAACCCCCAGCACACUGAUCCAGAUUUACACGCUCAUUUCAAGCUUCCCAGAGGUGGGGGGUGGGGGGGAAUCUAAGGCCCCAGUUCUCAUACAUGGGGAGCGAUUUCCCUUUGACUCCAGUGGGAAUUACACACAUCCUCCAGCAUGGAAAUGGGGCCUACUUAGGUUGCUCUGGCCCAUUAUAAAGAUGGGGCUGUUGGUGACAUGGAGCUGGGUUUGGCUUUCCAACAGCCUCAACGGGCUGUUUGGAUCUGGGGGUGGGUGACUUAGUUUUUCAGUUGGGAAAUUUCCCAGUGGGGUUUCAAAGGCUGGAUGAGGUACACCCUGACCAAGCCUCUUGUAAACAGCGAUGCUACCUGCUUUUGCUUUUGGUUUCGAGAGGGACUUUCCAGCAGCCCGUCUCUAUAAAACAUCUGUAAGAGCCGCCCUGGGCUGAGAGGCCCGAGAGAGAUCAUCCAAGUGCUGCCAGGAUCCGAGGAGGCACAAGGAGAAAUCAUGACUACGACUCUGUGGGUGCUGCCAAAGGUCAAUCAGAAGCCUGGCUGUUCAGCAGUGCUGCAGAAUUCUCCCACCAGCAACUGGAAGGCUCUCUUGGAGAAGGCCACCCACCUCAUUAUCGGCCCAGAAACUAAUACCAAAGUGACCCUGAACAUCUUCAGUGGCCAGAAAUCCCUGUGCCUGGAAGCCGAUCUCCACAACACGGUCGAUCAGAUCAAGACGUGGAUCAUGCAGGAGAGAAAGUUUGGUGGUUCAGGGUCCAUCAGCCUGCUGUAUGGGAACCAGGAACUGCAGGGCCCAAAGACCUUGGGCCAGCACAGAGUGACAAGCCCAGCCACCCUGGUCAUCGUCCACAAAUGCACUGGGGGAUAAGCAGCUACAGCCUGUUAAAGGCAACGCUGUAGAGAGCAGUUGAUUAAAUUAAUGCAAAUAACUUGUUUCCUUAAAUUAAUCUCUGUUUUCUGACCUUAGUUCCAAUGAUUGUGCUUAGUUUUAGAAGUUGAGCAGCUGUGUUAGUCCUGAGCAUUAAAAGACAAUGAAUAAAAGGUUCUUCAGGGG